AGCGCUGGCUCCAGGUCUGCGCUUGCUAUCGGAUGACCUCGUUCAUGAUUGACGCGCAUGUAGACCGGAAGGUGUGCCAGGACUGGAAGAACGAUUCAACAUGCGCCUUCUGCCGUAUCAUACACGGCGAGCUUCCCUCUACACGCGUCUUCGAAGAUGACAAAGUUGUCGCCUUCCUCGAUAUCUUGCCGCUCAGGCCUGGACACACGCUCGUUGUGCCGAAGCUCCACUGUUCGAGACUGUCGGAGCUCCCACCUGAGUACGCUGCUGCGAUAGGGCAAGCCGUGUCGAAAGUUGCCAAAGCACUGACCCAAGCGAUGCAAAAUACCGCUCUAAACGUGGUAUGCAACCAAGAAUAUGCGCAAGCAGUACCCCACGUUCAUUACCACAUAAUCCCGGCGCCUUCGUUCGACGCCAGCGCACAGAAACGAAAAGAGUUUGAGAAAGCCAAGCAGAAGGACCAGCGGGUCCCGUUCACGAAACGCGAGAUGCACCAACGGGAGUUUGAGUCGAGGUCGGAGCUGGAUGAUGAUGAGGGACAGGACAUCGCUACCAAGAUCCGGGCACGGUUAUGACUCGAGUUUAAACCGGUGUGUUGAUCGACAUGCGCAUACUAGACAGGAAUAUUUAAUACACUAUCUACUCCCUAAGUUACAAUUUCUCUUCACCACUCAACCUGUCGUUUUGAAGAGCCUCGACCAAAACUGGUGGCAAUUAUGGAACAGUCAAC